UUGAGCAACGAGGAGCUGCAGGGUAUCAAAGACAUGUUUCGAUUGUUUGACACUGACAACAAUGACACCAUGGAUGAGUUCGAGCUGCGAGUUGCAAUGAGAGGCCUGGGAUAUGGAACAAGCAGCGAACAGGCCCACAGGCUGUUCAUGGCGCUCGACAAGGACCACUCAGGCUGCAUCGAGUCUAGUGAGGCAAAGCAUUUGAUCUUAGGCAGUCUGGGGGCUCUGGACGAACUUUCUCCUCGCGAGCUCGGGCAGAGGAUCAAACAGGCGUUCGUCGCGUUUGACUCGGAUGGCUCAGGAUCGAUCACUGCUGACGAAUUAUCCAGCGCCCUUCUGAAGCUAGGACUGGAACUGUCGGAGCUUGAAGUUCAGGAAAUCACAAUGCAAGCCGAUACAGACGGAGACGGCAUCAUCCGGUACGACGAGUUCGAAGACAUGGUGAAG